AUGAAGAGUCCUGAACCAGCUUACCAGGGGGUUGCCAAGGUACCACGCCAAUCCCCCAUAACCAUUCCGCCCCUUUCUGAGAUGGUGCUAUGGCUGCAGGUGAGUGCCGACCAAUCCAAUGUGUUUGUUGAACCUCUGCCUAAUAGUGAUUCAGAGUGGUAUGUGGGACGGACCCUGACGAGGCUCAGCGGUGGCCGGGUCCCAUGCAGAGUAUGUAACCCUAACCCCUACCCAGUGGAGCCACAACGCCAACCCCUGGCUCAAGUAUCUGAAGUGACUCUCUCAGACAUCAAAGGAGAACAGGAACUGGUAUUGGACAGUGUGGCACCGAACAUUAUUGAAGUAGCCAUGAGGCGUUUGAGGACUGACCUGACUGCAGAUGAAGAGUCUCACCCAGUUCUAUCUCUAUAG